ACAAAUCACCACAGGAGGGCGAAGUGACGUCAUUUAUCCGCAACACGAACACGUUGAUUCGUGAACCAGGAAGAGCCGCCGGUCAUAUACAUUUCAUCCGGUCUAACAAAUUUGUAUUAUGCUUACAUUUGCAUUGACAGUCGUUCGGCAUGGAGAAACACAGUACAACAGAGAUAAACUGCUUCAAGUUUUUUCUCACACGUGUAGGUCAGGGCAUCGACACACCGCUGUCAGACACGGGACAUCAGCAGGCAGCGGCGGCCGGACAGUACCUCAGAGAUCUGCAUUUCACCAAUGUCUUCGUUAGUAACCUGCAAAGAGCCGGCCAGACAGCUGAAAUCAUUUUAGGGAACAACCUUCAUUCUUCUGCGGCUGAGAUGAUAUUGGAUCCUUUACUCAGAGAGAGGGGUUUUGGGGUGGCAGAGGGAAGACCAAAGGAACAUCUGAAGAACAUGGCGAACGCAGCGGGUCAGGCCUGCCGAGAUUAUACACCGCCCGGCGGAGAGACGCUGGAACAGGUAAAGACACGCUUUAAGAAGUUCCUCAAAUCCUUGUAUCAGCGCAUGUUAGAGGAGCACGGCUCAGCCGACCAGUGUUCUGUGUCCACUCCUGGACCAUCAGAACCAGAACAGCCUGUGAUUGCUGGACUAGCUAAUGAUGGAGUCCAGAAUGUACCCGUCCACGCUCUGAUCGUCAGUCAUGGGGCAUUUAUCCGUGUGUCUGUGCGCCACCUAGUGGAGGAUCUGCAGUGCUGUUUGCCCGCAGGCCUGAAGAUGAGCCAGGUGUCCUCCUCGUGCCCAAACACUGGCAUCAGCAGGUUCAUCAUCUCCCUCCGCAGAGAGGACAGCGGCCCGCGGGCCUGCCGCAUCCAGUGUGUCUUUAUCAACCGGAAAGACCACCUGGAUGAUGCCAGGAACUCUGCUUGACUGUGUUAUGAGGUGUAUCUGCGACUGGUUUGUUUAUCUGACAUGGUCAGUGCUUGUAUUUAUUGCUCGUUACAAACUCAACGACCGAAGCACAAACAAGUCUGUGUGGUUGAUUUUAUUGUGUAAAUUAUUUAACUGUUAAUCUUUUGAAAGACAUAUGAUUGCAUUAAAGGGUUAGUUCACUCAAAAAAAGACAAUUCCGACAUUGUUUACUAACCCUCGUGUUGUUCCAAACUUGUAUGAGUUUCUUUUUUCUGUUGAACAUGAAAUAAGACAUUUUGGAAGUCAGAAUGAAAUGCAUACAGGUUUUGAAACUACUUGAGGAUGAGUAAAUGGUGAGUGAAUUUUCAUUUUUGAAUGAACUAUCCCCUUUAAGGAGACGGCUCAUUUUCCUCUAAAAAAUAUCAAAAAUAUCUUAAAUCAAUAUGCAUUCACUUAAUAAGAAAAAAUGAACCAAGAUAUAAAAAUACCAAGGUCUUGUUUUCUUGUCUUUUGCUGCUCAAAUGGAUCCAAACUAAGUGAGUUUGAUUGAAACAAACAAACAAAAAAACAUCAGUGCAGUAAGA